GUAACUGCCUUAUCGAGGAGCAUCUUGUACACUCUACUCACCAAGAGGACGUGGCUUCAGGACAUAUAUACCUCUCGCUCGUCCUUUCUCUUGCACUUUAAUUCACCUUCAACAUAGCAUCAAUGAUGGCCAGCUUUAUGAGCUACUUUGGCACCCGACGGGACCCUAAGCAGUCGGCGAGGGAUGCUAUAGUUACACUACGGCAACAGCUGCAGAUGAUAGAGAAGAAGGAGGAGUACUUGCAGAAGAAGAUUGAUGAGGAUCUGAAGAAGGCCAGAGCGAACGCUGUUUCCAACAAGCCAGUGGCUACACAGGCUCUGAAACGAAAGAAGGCGAAUGAGGUCGAGUUGGAUCGCCUUGCUGGAACACGACUGCAGCUCGAAAUGCAAGUUAAUACUCUCGAGUCGGCGAAUUUGAAUGCGGAGACGAUGGCGGCUAUGAAGAAGGCGGCUGAUGCGUUGAAAGUCAUUCAUGGAAACAUGAACGUGGACAAGGUCGAUGCGACAAUGGCGGCUGUGAAUGAACAGAGAGCGGUGGCUGACGAGAUUGCUGAUAUCAUAUCAAAUCCCGCGUACAUAAACGCGGACUUGGAUGAGGACGCUCUCAAAGCAGAAUUGGAUGAGCUGGAGCAAGACGAGCUGAAUGAACGAUUAAUGGGCGCUGAUCACGUACCGGUGCAUAAACCGGAAUCAGUAACUGCACGGAAAGAUGCACCGGUUGCUGUCGAGGAUGAUGAAGAAGCUCAGCUCAGACAACUACAAGCAGAACUUGCAAUGUAGCUCCUUAAACCCUUCUGUCAUAUCGUCAUCUCCACUUGUUCUAUUACUUAUAUCACGAGUCUUGUAGUUUUUUGUUGAUUUCUGUUCCAAUAUUACACACACCAUUGUAUAUUCGAAGAAACGAUAUUGAGGAAGCGAAUUUCGGACAAGGUGAAGCGGAUACAUUUUGAUGUACAGGAUUUACAUAAGUUAUGGACGUUGCUGUCUUUGCUGUUGGUAUCGACAAUGAAGAUGCCCGAACAC